UUGAUGGCGUGUUCCAUAACGGAAGAGAAAGGCGUGGGUAACGUGGACAUUUCUAAAUGUCCAAUAUGUUUUGAGCAGUUUAAAACGCCGCGUGUCUUGCCAUGUUCGCAUGUAUUUUGUCACGACUGUGUUUCUUCCCAUAUUGUAUCUACCUGUCAAUCAAAGGAAGACCCAUUAGGAUUUCAAUGUCCUGUCUGUCGAGAGUUUGUGCCUGCUCCUAGUUUCUGUUUAAAUUUUAAAGACUGGAGUCAGCAUUUUCCAACCAAUAGAUCAGACGGGGAUAUUUCUCUCAAAGUAUGUGAAGCCUGUCAACGAGAUAAUGAAUCAGAAGGGGCAGAUAACUAUUGUUUGUUUUGCUGUGAAGCACUUUGUGAUAUGUGUGCAAAGGAUCACCGAAAAAAUCGUACAUCUCGGGAUCACAAGAUCUGCCGUCUUGACGAGAUGAAAUGUGUGCCUGAGUUGUCAAAAAUUUCUUCAAACAUCUAUUGCGAAAAACACAAGGAUCGACCGAUAGAGUUGUUUUGCAAUGAUCAUGAGGAACCAUGCUGUGCAAUGUGCUGCAGCACCGAACAUAGAAAAUGUGAAAGCGUAGAAACCAUUGAACAAAAGGCAGAAAACGUCAGAAACAGUGGACAAAUAGAGGAAUUAUCAAAGGACAUCAAAAAAUUUGGCCAAAAACUUUCAGAUACAAAAUGUAAAGAAGAACAAAACAUCACAGAAAUAGAAGAUGAGGCAGAUGCUAUAAAAAGUGAGGUACAUCGUGUGAAAGAAGAAAUUAUUCAGAAUCUUGAAAAACAAGAAAAUGAGUUUUUAGACAAAAUGUCAACACAAAUAAAACAAUGCAAGGAAAAACUGACAAAGAAUAUAGAAACAGUUGGUGAAAGAAUUCACUUCGUGGAACUAUGUCAAAAAGAUAUAGAGAAAGCUACAGGUUUACAAGGUGUCAGUUUUCUGAUGGAAUUCCUCAAAACCAAGAAAACAUUGGACUACAUCAAGAAUAAAAAAGUAGAGAAAAUUGAGUUCAAAUUGCAAUCCAAUUUAGAGCUUGAUUUUAAAGCAGUUGCAAAUCUCUUAAAAAUUGGAAACACUGAAAUCAAUGAAAAAAGAGAGAGUUUAUCACAUAUGGUUGACAAUAAAACCUUCAAAUUUGAGUUGUAUCAAGAGUGGCAAUUACCAGGUAGCAGCAUUCGUAGUGUGGUUUUUCUUUCUAACACGGAUAUGAUAUUCCCUGACUGGAACACAAAAACGAUAAGGAGGUACUCUGCCAAAAACGACAUUUGGAAUUUUGAAAAAGAGAUUAUGCUUGGACAUGGUAGCUUUGAUAUAAAGCAAAAUGGAGAUUUUUAUUUUGCAUCAGGCAUUUCGAGUCGUAUGAUAUCGGUUCUCUCAGCUGAGAAUUUUCGAAUGAAGCGUACAAUCAACGUUGGUACUGCUUGUUAUGGGAUCUCAUUUUGGAAACAGUUCCUAUAUAUAGCAUGUAACACAUCAAUUAUUAAAAUGGAUACAGAGGGAAAUAUUUUGAAAAAUUAUCCAACAACAAACGGUGUCCAUUAUGUUGCUUUGGCAAAAAACGGUCAAAUAGUUUUCAGUGCAUAUAAGGGAAAACAGUCAGUAGCUGCAAUAUCAGAUGAAGGUAACAUUGUCUGGACAUACAGUCAUGAGAAAUUAAGACAUCCCUAUGGUCUUCAUAUUGACUGUGAUGAUGUCAUAUAUGUGGCAGGGACAAAUAGUAACAACAUUCACAUAAUAUCCAGCAAUGGGGUUCUUCUACGUCUGAUUGAAGAUAUGCCAAGGCCUGCGUUUUUCAUAUUGAACAAGGAAAGAACUAUUUGUUGUAUGGGAACAGAUGUAUGGGAUACUAGGAUUAAGAUGUAUUCAAUUAAGUUUUAAAGCUUUUACAUACACUUUAGUCGAAGCACAGUUGUAAAUUUCCAUUCCUGUUUGUAUAUUCAGUUUGACAGUAAAAAGAAAUCAAAAUUGAUGUGCCCUCCCCCUCCUUUUUUCUU